AUUAUGACUUGUUUUUCCCCGGCAGGCUAAAGAGACUUAGAUGGAUGCUACAGUAGCAACAUUACUUCUCCUCUUCCCUGAGGGUCGCCCUAUAUCUCUGUUGAUGGCGUCCACUGGUCUCCUCCAGAUGAACUACAAAGUGAGUCGACAUCUCUCGUGUGGAAGCCAUGAUUCAUGUCAAUCCACCUGGUGCAACAGCUCUCAAAGAGUGCCGACUGCAGCAGGACCAGCCGCCUCGCCUCCUCAUUCUUGAAGAGCAGACGAGAGACUUGUGUAUUUUCCAGGAGGAUCUUCCCAGGGUUUCCUGGUUACAUUGCAGAGAGCGCAGGUCCACGUCCGGCCGCUGUCAGGACCCUCCCUCAAGCUUUUGGACCCAUCCCAGCCCACCCCUACAUCCUCAUCAGCUGUAGGAUGACUGCGCCUCUGUGCUGACGAGGCGUCGGCAAGUAGCAGUAAUGGGCGCUCUGCUGGCCGGCAUCCCCACAACCCCCUCAGACACCGCUCCGCCGCCGUCACCACCACCACCGCACCGCCCCCCCCGGACGGGCGCUCCCCUCAGCCCCGCCGAUGGGCGAAGACACUGACACGACCCCCACGCUUAACCACCCCGGCUUCCUCCCCGACCACAACUAUGUGACUGAAGGGCUGCUCCUGGCUAUAGCCUGAAGAGCUCCGCCCAUCCUGUCCACCCCUCUCCACCCCGGAGUCCUCCCCCAGGAUGUUGAGUCCCAUCCAGGUGCUGUGCUCCGACAUCACUACCCUUUCUCUGGAGCCUGAGCCGUUUGCCUCUUACACUGAAGCUGACAUCAUCUCCACUGUUGAGUUCAACCACACGGGAGAGCUCCUGGCCACUGGGGACAAGGGGGGCCGAGUGGUCAUCUUUCAGAGGGAACCUGAGAGCAAAACCGAGCUGUUCUCCCAGGGCGAGUACAACGUCUACAGCACUUUCCAGAGUCAUGAGCCCGAGUUUGACUACCUUAAGAGUCUGGAGAUCGAGGAGAAGAUCAAUAAGAUCCGAUGGCUGCCUCAGCAGAAUGCGGCGCACUUUCUCCUCUCCACCAACGACAAAACCAUUAAGUUGUGGAAGGUGAGUGAACGAGACAAACGGCCGGAGGGCUACAACCUGAAAGAUGAGGAAGGUCGCAUUAAGGACUUUUCCAAUGUCACCUCCCUACAGGUCCCCGUUUUGAAGCCCAUGGACUUGAUGGUGGAGGUGAGCCCACGGCGAGUGUUUGCCAACGCCCACACCUACCACGUCAACUCCAUCUCGGUCAACUCCGACCACGAAACCUACAUGUCGGCCGACGACCUGAGGAUAAACCUUUGGCAUCUGGACAUCACCGACCGCAGCUUCAACAUUGUGGACAUCAAGCCGGCCAAUAUGGAGGAUCUGACGGAGGUGAUCACAUCGGCAGAGUUUCACCCGCACCACUGUAACCUGUUUGUGUACAGCAGCAGCAAAGGCACCUUGCGCCUGUGUGACAUGAGAGAGGCGGCGCUGUGCGACCGACACUCCAAACUGUUUGAGGAGCCGGAGGACCCCAGCGCUCGCUCCUUCUUCUCCGAGAUCAUCUCCUCCGUGUCCGACGUCAAGUUUAGCCACAGCGGCCGCUACCUGCUCACCAGGGACUACCUGACCGCCAAAGUGUGGGACCUCAACAUGGAGAGCAAGCCCCUGGAGACCUACCAGGUUCAUGAUUACCUCCGCAGCAAGUUGUGCUCCCUUUACGAAAACGACUGCAUCUUCGACAAGUUUGAGUGUGCCUGGAACGGCUCGGACAGCGUGAUCAUGACAGGCGCCUACAACAACUUCUUCCGCAUGUUCGACCGCAACACCAAGCGCGACGUCACCCUGGAGGCGUCGCGGGAGAGCAGCAAACCGCGGGCCGUCCUCAAGCCGCGCCGGGUGUGCGCCGCCGGGGGGAAGCGGCGCAAGGACGACAUCAGCGUGGACAGCCUGGACUUCACCAAGAAGAUCCUGCACACGGCGUGGCACCCGGCCGAGAACAUCAUCGCCAUCGCCGCCACCAACAACCUCUACAUCUUCCAGGACAAACUCAACUCGGAGAUGCACGCCUGAGACGGACG